UUAAGUAAAAAUAAAUAGUGAUCAUAUCAGUUUAUACAUUGAUACAUCUUUUAAGCCUAUCACUCUCACUAACCUCCUAACCUCUCCAUAAAUACCCCAUAAACAAACCCUAUUCUUCCUUACAAAUCUUCAGCUUCAGCCAAGAAACAUAAUCCAACUUUUCUCUCUCCCUCUGUUUAUCUCCCUUCUCUUCUUUGCCUUCAAUCCCUCCCUACAUCAAACACAAGAAAAAUAACCAACCUCUCUCUCUCUGCAUUCAUGGAUUUCCAAAACCAUGCAUAUCCACCACCAUCUUACUCCCCAUCAUCAUCUUCAUCAUCAUCAGCAUCCUCAUCACAAGAGAAAAGAACCAGAAGAAGAAAUCAAGAACCAGGGAGGUUUCUUGGUGUGAGGAGACGGCCUUGGGGGAGAUAUGCAGCUGAAAUAAGAGACCCAUCCACUAAAGAAAGGCAUUGGCUUGGAACCUUUGACACAGCUGAGGAGGCAGCCUUAGCCUAUGAUAGAGCAGCAAGAUCAAUGAAAGGGCUAAAAGCAAGAACCAAUUUCAUGUAUUCAGAUAUGCCUCAUGGUUCUUCUUUAACCUCCAUUAUAUCCCCUGAUGACUCAGAAAACCUCAAGAAAAGCCUUUUAAUGGCUUCCAUGAUAACCCCUGCUAAUACCCCAUUUUUGAACCAGCACCAAAACCAAUCCUCAGAAGCUCCUUUCUCCUUUGAUUUUCUUCAAUUUCAGAAUCUGAAUACUGGGUUUUCGUGCUCAAACCCAGCUUCUUCGGGUUCCGAAACUUCAGGGAAUUUAGAACCCCAAUUACCCACCUUUAAAACGGAGUCAGAUGGGUUGUUGAGCUCUGUUUUGGAGAGUGGCAGUGGUGGGGUUACUUCUCAAUCCAUUUCCUCUGUCCAAAACGCAAUGUGUGAAGAAGUGGAGUUUGGUUUGUGGGCUGAUUCUUAUUUUCAGAGUGGUUUUAGUGAAGAGAUUGGAGUUGAUUCUUCAAUGACCAGUAGCCAAUGCAUGGGCUAUAAUGGUGGCUAUGAUUCUUUCAUGAACAGUCCCUUGUUGGGGUGCAUGCCUCAGGUCCCUGAUACCCAGUCCUGUUCUAUGCCUGCUCCUACAGAAGCCAUUGACAUUGGUUCUUACCUUUUCUACUAAAACACCAAGAAAUAGAGGAAGAGAGCUGGAUUUGUCUUCAUCUUUUGAGUGCCACUUUUCCGAUGCAUGGAAUGUUUAAGGAAUCCCUAUGAGGUUUCGCACAGCUACCAUAAAGGGUUAGGCAAAGCUGUAAAAUUUAAGGAGCCCCAUGUUUUUUUUUUACUUUCAAGCUUUUAUUUGUGUUACAUUUUAGCUACUUUUGUGUACCCCUUGUUUCUUGCAAACUUCUAUAUUUAGAAUAUUAGAGAGCUUAAUUAAAGUGUAGGCAAAGUAGUGUUUUCUUUCUUGUGAGUCGUGUUUUACUUUAAAG